AAGGAAAGGUAAUAGACUAAUCGGUGCUGUUUUUUAUGCUACAUUUGUGUGUGUUGGCCGCUGUGUGUCGCUUCGGGUCGACUCGUGUUCUUUCGGUGUUUUCCGAUAUAUGUCUUUCCUCGGGUAUCAUGAAAACAAACAACAAGCGGCCUUCCUCUCUGUGGAUCAGUUCGCCGUAUUCUUUCGGUUUCUAAUGAUUUUGGAAGGAGGAAUGAGUAUUGCAAAUAAAGAUUUUAUUGCAAAUAAAGGCGUUCUGUGUCCGAGGAUCAUCUUCGGUUCGUAGCAGGCUCGGCUUCGCUCGGACCACGCUCUUCCCCGCGGCUGCUGCUCGGCCACACUCGGCUCUUGUCGUUCGGCGGGUAGAAUGGAUGAAGCGGACUCGGCCACGAAGGCACUCGGGCUGGUUGAACCGCCCAUCGGCGAGCCACCGGUGGAGGGAGUGGGCUCGGAUACCGAGUCGGAGGCCGAAGUCGCCACGAUGGCUGUGAUGGCGGAACCGGGAAACAUCGACAUGGGAGCCGAGUCCCUUCCGAACCCAGACGAGGCCGAGGCUGCGUUUGCAGAGGUGACUGCGGUGACUGUUGCAGACGUUCAGGGUGCAGAGGACAACGUUUUCACGACCACAGUCGCCACAUCAGGCAGCCUCCCCGAACACGUGCUGAGCGGCCGGACCACUCUUCAGCUGGGUGAAGGUCUCAGUACUCAGAAGGCCACGCUGAUUGUGGUUCACACAGAUGGCAGCAUUGUGGAAGCUGCUGGUCUCAAGUCUGCUGCCUCUAUCGGAUCAGGCCCGCAGACUCCCCCUACACCGCUGACUCCGCCUCAGGACAAAGACUCUUGCUCCAAAUACAACUGGGACCCGUCGGUCUACAACAAUGAGCUGCCUGUCCGCUGCAGGAACACCAGUGGAGUCCUGUAUAAGAACCGCCUGGGAUCAGGGGGUAAAGGUCGCUGCAUCAAACACAAUCAGCAGUGGUUCACUCCCACUGAGUUUGAAGGUCUAGCAGGGAGAGCAAGCAGCAAAGACUGGAAGAGGAGCAUCAGAUAUGCUGGCAGGCCUCUGCUCUGCCUCAUACAGGAGCGGAUCCUGAACCCCCAUGCUGCGUCCUGUACUUGCGCAGCCUGUUGUGAUGACCUGACAGCGGUGAGUGAGACAGACCAGUCCCUGGGAAGAACAGUCAUCAGAAUAGAUCAGUCAGCUAAUUGGUGUCCAAAGGAAGGUGACACUCUGGCCACAGAAACCAUUAGUAUGACGGGUCCAGUUCGUCUCUUUGUCCCAUACAAGAGGCGAAAAAAGGACACGGAGCCUCUGAUCAUCCCUCCCAAAAAGGAGCUUCCUGCCACCAAAAACAUCACACUGAGUCCGGGAACUACAUUCACAGUGACCCCAUCAGGCCAGUUCACCACCUCUGGAACGUUGACCUUUGACCGCAGUCCAGUAGGUGACGCUGCCGCUGCUGCUGCUGCCGCCGCCAUCAUCUCAGAGGGCUCAGCGCAGAGCGAGGUGUUUGCUAGCACUGCAGUGCUGACGGCGUUGCCAUCGUUGCCGGCGUUGGCCGUGACUCCUCAGGCGGUCCAGGCCAAAGUUGCGGUGGCGCCAGCAGCUACGUGUCCGUCGGCGGCGCUGAUGACUGGGCUGGAGGUGGGGCCUGUCGGGGGGGCAGGAGCAGCAAUGAGCGAAGGACAGAAAAACACCUGGCUGUACCUGGAGGAGAUGGCCAACACACUGCUGAGCAACGUCCAGCAGCUGAAGGCUCUGAUUGAGCAGGCCAAAAACUCUACGGGGGUCAAGGGUCAGGGAGGCAGGAAGGAGUGUGGUCUCAGUCAGUCGUUCCAGAACCAGAUCCAGUUUCAGCAGCCCGAUGAGUCGGAGUCAAAGAGGAGCUCUGACAUCACAGAGAUCAUCAUCAAUCAGAUGUGCGUGAACUGCGGUCGGGUGGCGAUGAGCGAGUGCACGGGCUGUCACAAAGUCAACUACUGUUCCACCUUCUGUCAGAGGAAGGACUGGAAAGAUCAUCAGCACAACUGCUGUCAGUCUGCGGGGGGUGUGGCUGUCCAGGAGGAGGAGCCAAUCACAGCCAUGGACAUAGACAAAGUGAAGGUGUAGCAGACUCAGUCCAGUGUCUUUUUGAAGACAUGACCGACAUUUCAGGUCAUCACACCAUCAGCUGCUGCUGACAGGAGGACCUUUGGUGUGAAAAAUACUGAGUAUUAUAAACACAUGGGAGAAGCAGAUGUCUGACUUCCUGAGAGCUGAGGCUGUGCAAAAAAAACUGCACAGACUUUGUCGCUGACAGAGGUCUAUCUCCAGGAUCUAGUGGACCGUAAACCGAGAUCAGUGGAGAUGAUGUCAACAUACGUGAUAGUUCAGUAACCAACCCAACACGUGAUAUUGAUAUCUGAUUGACUAUUACUUUUAUCAUGAAGCCAUCUUCCUAUUGUAUAUUGAUUAAUUUAUUACAUCAUUUAUCAGUUGUUUUUAUUGUUUUGUGUCUUCUCUUGAACAGUCAUCGAAGAUUUACGCCUCCACAGCAAAUCCCUCAUAACCCUAAUGAAAGAUUAAACACAUGCAUAAUGUUAAAUCUAUAUACUACAGUUCUCAUUCCUAUUCCCCAGUAAACAAGGAUAAAUUGUUUGCUGUCUUUGCCUGCUUUGAAGACUUUUUUUUUUUUUGGUGACUUUUUUUCAGAAAACAAGUCAUACCACUGUGCCACUGAUUGUAGAAAAUGCUUUGAACUUGAACACAACAGAAUUUCCCUGGUUGUUUUAAAGAUUUAUCUUUUGUUUAUCGCGUGUAGAUGUGGAUAGCUUUAUUAGCUGUAGUUCUCAAAGGACUUGACAAAGUCCUGAAAGAAAAGUAAAGAUUUCAUGUUGGGUGCAAAUUCUUGUGCGUCCAACACAGACAAUAACUUUAAAGUGUUUCUCCUUUAUUUUCCUUACUUAUUUUUAUUAAUGAUUUAAAUGUAAAAGCUAAGAAAUAACAACAAAAAUGUAUUACUGUAAAGCUGCAAUUUCUGUCCA